AUGAAGCGCAAAACAACACAAGACACUACAGCUACGCCACAAAAGCAGCCUAGGCAAGACCCAGUAUCUUGCGAGUCGUGUCGAAAGAAAAAGACCAAGUGCGACCGACGAAGUCCAUGUGGCAGUUGUAUAUCUCGUCGCAUUGAUUGCAAGUAUGGCAAUAAUGGCCCAAUGGCUUCGAGCCUCGGGCUACCACCCAGUACCCAGGUAGUUGAUAAACCCUUCAACGGCGUCCCUUCAUCUCGACCGAUACAAGCAAGGAGUUCUUGCGACGUAGGUCCGAGCCGGAGCGCAGACGACUCACUCAUAACGGCAGACCAGCUAGAGAAUAUCCUUAUGGGCCAUCGGAUCCCAAGUGCCCUUCCAGCAGCUCUCCGAGAGGAGCUUUCCGGGUCCCAGCGCAUACAAGCAACCCGACCACGUUCAGACAGUGCCUCGAGCAAUUUCCUCUCACUGGUUCGCAAUGUUGGCUCUGUGUCUCUUGAACACCCGGCUUCCAUUCAACUGAACUCAUUUCUGCCCUCAGAAGGCGACGCAUUGAGCCUCUUCGAUUAUUACCACAAACACCUCGACUACCUAUACCAUCUUAUUGUUCCUGCCAGCACCAAGCGAGACAUCCACGCCCUGUACGAAGCAAUUUCUCAUGGUGGUUCCGGGGAUUUGAAUCACAUCGCACUGUUAUUCAGCAUUCUUGCCACGGCUCUGUUCUAUCAGCUGCUAUCGACUGAGUCUUCAGGAGUUGCCGAAAAUUGCGGUCGCGAGACGGCAUUUCUCGCUGGUGCAGCAUUGAUUCAAAGCAAUUAUAUUUCAUAUCCAACAAUCGAGGGACUACAGGCAACCAUGAUCAUUGCACACCACUUACCGACGUUAACCCUGAAUCCAUCCGUGAGCUCGCUAUUUUUGCAAGGUGGGAUUGUGAGCCAAGCCAAAAGUCUCGGGCUCCACUUAAUCGAUCAUCCUCAAGUUGCAUCCGAGCGUCGACAGAAAGGGUUUGACAGUGGUGAGAUCGAGCUGAAGCGACGGCUAUGGUGGGAUCUGGCGUCUUAUGACUGGUUGCUUGGUUCCCUAAGUGGGCCCCAAGAAUGGACCUACACUAUCCAACCUCAACACAUGAAUGUGCGCCGACCGUGGAACAUCGAAGAUCAUUCAAUUGAGGACGAGACUGAGCUAACACUGUCGACACCAACUUGUAUGUCCUAUACCGUGCAUCGCCUGAGACUGGCCGAAAUAUGCAAGGACAUGAUCGAUGCAGUGUCACCCCAUCAUAUUCAGGGUCAUGAUGUUCCCUAUGAAACAGUGCUCGAGUUGGAUUGCAAAUUUCAACAGGCAUAUUCGGAGCUUCCGGCAUUUUUCCGAUUUGAUCAGUCGUCACGCCGCCAAUUUGCAAGCCUCUACCGCGAGCGACCAGAGAUCGCAUGGCAGCGAGCCUUCAUACAACAGGGCUACCAUUCACGUCUGUGUCGGCUACAUCGUCAGUACUUCAUUCGCGGUGCAAAAAAUCCAAGGUACUCUUACUCGCAUGUUGUAGCCCUCCAGUCUGCCCGGAAAGUCCUGGGAAUUAAGCGCAUCAUGGAUGAGGAAGAGCCUGUUUUUACUCCAAACAGUUCCUUUCUCUGGGCGGUCAUGCACCACGUGUUCAUGGCAGCAGUCACCUUACUGGUUGACGUGUGUUUCAACUGGGAUGAUAUUCUUGCUUAUAAGAGGAAGGAAGAGGUUCUCGAUGCUUGCCGACUGCUAAGCCGCGCUCAGCAAUGUUCCUCCGUCGCCCGAGAAGGGAUCAAUGCAAUGAUGGGCAUUCUUCGUAAGCACUGGAAACAAGAGAAGAGGACGGCCCCAUCCGGUGAGAUGCAAGCCCAACUACCAUCAUCAUCUAGCCUUGAUUCUGCCUUGCACAAUCAGAGUGCUAUGCCACCCGCCAGUGAUGUUCAGGAUUCCAAGAAUAACCAGUUUGAUAUUCCGGUACCUGUACAUGCUAUCCCAGGGCAUGGACAGUCAAUGGAUCUCGGGAACUUCGAGUCUGGUCCUGUCCCUCUGGAGGACUUCUGGAGUCAGAUGCUCGAUGAAAGCGCUCAUAUCGCGCUGGAUACACCAGAUUGGAUGGAUCUGUUGACGGAGCUGACUAACGCGACCGCUCUAAGCGAAUGA